UGCCGGCUUCGGCAUGCCCCAGAUGGUGGUGCAGAAGGACUUCAGAAAGGUGAGCGGAAUCUCCACCGAGAUCUUCCGCCAGAUCGAGACGGUCGAGAACGACCUGGACGCGUCGACGGCGGCCGCGCUGCGUCUGGUGGAGCAGCGAGGCGAGAUGAUGGUCACCUCGCUCGAUCCCCGCCGUCUCUCCAAGAAAGCCUACCGUAUCGCCACCGGGUUCAUGGCGCAGCAGGACGGUCGGCACACGAUCCAGUUCGUGGAGAUCGUCAAGCGGCCCGGCCAGACGCUCGGCCUCUACAUCCGCGAGGGCGACGGCGGCGAGCGCGCCGACGGCGUGUUCGUCUCCCGGAUCGCGCUCGAGUCGGCCGUCUACAACUCGGGCUGCCUGCGUGUCGGCGACGAGGUGCUGGCCGUCAAUCUGGUGGACGUGGCCGGCAUGGGGCUGGACGACGUGGUGAUCAUCAUGUCGAUUCCGCGACGGCUGGUGCUGACCACCCGGCGGUACCCGAUGCGCUACCAGGACACGAUGCGGCGCCUGAGCGCCAUGCGCCGACGCACGGCCUCGCUGGAGUACGCCUCGGACUCGGAGGCUACAUCGAGCCGGCGGCUCGGCGCACCGCGAGUGCCCCCGAGCAUGCGCGCGCCGGCGUCGCUGUCGACGUCCGACUACAAGCAGUGGCUGUCGCGCGCGCCCUCCACCGGCGCCAUCUACGAGCGCAUCCGCCAGUACCGGGACGCGUCGCAGCCGCCCGCCCGCCGGGGUGUGACGCUCACGUACAGCGCUGAGAACCUCGGCGCCGACAUGGCGCUGCCGCACCGCCGGCCCGAGGAGCGCUGCGUGACGCCGGCGCCGCAGCCCGAGGCCAGGUCGCGUUUCUCCGUGCUCGACAUCAACCCCGCCGAGUUUUUGCGGCACAGCUGGUCCCGCGCCUCGGCGGCCGACUCAGAGGCCGGUCUGUCCGGUCUGCUGUCCGUGCAGCUGCUGUCGGGCCGCGGCCUGCGCCCGGCCGGCCGCCAGCACCGCCUGCGCGACCUCUACUGCGUGCUCGAGUGCGACCACGUGCACAAGGCGCGCACGGUGAUCCGCACCGGCGACCUGGUGUUCGACUGGGACGAGACGUUCGAGCUCGACCUGAUCGCCAGCCGCCAGCUGGACGUGCUCAUCUACUCGUGGGACCCGCAGUUCCGGCACAAGCUCUGCUACCGCAGCUCGAUGGGCGUGGCGUCGCUGCCGCGCGACGGCGGCACCCAGCAGCUGGCGCUCAAGGUCGAGCCGCACGGCAGCCUGUACGUGCGCCUGCGCUACACCGAGCCGAAGCGCUGCUUCGAGCGGCUGCCGAGCACGCGGCCCGGCGCGCUGUUCGGCGUCGACCUGGAGACCACGGUGGCGCGCGAGGGCUCUGGCCUCAGCGUGCCGCUCAUCGUCAAGCGCUGCGUGGACGAGGUGGAGCGGCGCGGUCUCGACAUCAUCGGCCUGUACCGGCUGUGCGGGUCGGCCGACAAAACGCGUGCCCUGCGCCGCCAGCUGGAGGAGGGCGCGCGCACGGCUGACCUCUCCCCGCACAGCGUGCCGGACAUCAACGUCAUCACAGGGGUGCUCAAGGACUACCUGCGCGAGCUUCCUGAGCCGCUCUUCACCAAGUGUCUGUACCAGAUGCUGUGCGACGCUCUGUCCGUGUGCCUGCCCGACGAUUCGGCCGCCAACGCCAAGCUCAUGCUCUCCAUCCUCGACUGUCUGCCGAAGACCAGUCGGAGCACCCUGCUGUUCCUGAUGGACCACCUCCGGCUGGUAGCCUCCCAGGCGCAGUGCAACAAGAUGACGCCGCAGAACGUGGCCAUCUGCUUUGGGCCCGUGCUGAUGCUGCACUCGGAGAUCGGCCGCACCGAGAUCGACUUCCAGAGACCGAUCUCCAUUCUCAAGUACCUGCUCACCAUCUGGCCGACUAAGUCAGUGCGCGAGGCAGUGACGGCGCGCGUGACACCGGCGCGCCGCUCUCGACUCUCGCCGCACCCGAACGCGCUGGGCCGCCGGCCGGCGGCCGGCCUGCGUGACGGCGAGCUCUCGCGCCGCGAGCUGGCGGCCGACCGGACGUACGGCAGCCUCGACUCCAGGGCGGGCCGGGGCGGCGGCGCCGAGCACCAGCGUCUCACGUACGGCGAGUACGGCAGCCCGCGCUCCAGCUCGGGGCGCCUGUCGAGUCCGGGCUCCAGGACCAAGGAGCGUCACGCCGACUCCACGGAGCGCGAGCAGCGCCGGCUCUCGCUGAGCAGCGCAGACGGCGAGACCUCCGACAGCAGCUCGACACAGCGCGCCGCCGCCAGCCCGCUGUCGCGGCCAUUUUCCGGCAAUGAGCCGGACGAGUCAUCCAGCCUGCUUGAUGAGGCAGACGAGCUGGACUCGGUCCGCGUCCACCUCUACCCAGACACUGAUGACCACGUGCUGAAGGCGCUGGCCAGGGUGUCGACGGCGGAGGAGGUGUUCGCCGCGCUGGGCGAUUCGCUCGAGCCGCGCCAUCUCUGUCAGGCCAUGGCGACACUGUGGGACGUGCACAAGCUGCAGAAGGGUCCAAGCCGGCCACCUGCAGACGACGUCCGCCGCCUGAAGACGGCCCUGCUGGAGCGGGCCGACGACUGCGACGACCUGGGCCUCGUCUGCUCACUCUACUGCCUGGGCCGGCUGGGCGCUCCCCGCUCGGACGCGACCGUGCGCCGGCUGUUCGAGUGUUCCCUGCGCCGGCUGCCCGACCUCCCGUUGGCCGCCUUCAGCCGGCUGGGGGCGAGCGUGCACCUGUGGCCGGUCUGGCCGCCGCGGCUCGUGCUGCCCUACCUGCGCGCCCUCACGGCGCACACGGCCGCCUGCGGCUCGUGGCACGAGCUCAGCCUGGUGACCACGGCCUUCGCCAGCGCGCGCCGCUACCUGUCGGCCGAGGCGGAGCGACGCUUCAUGUCGCUCGUGCACCGGACACGGCGGCGCUGCUGA